AUGUUGACUCAGCAAAAGGUGACAACUCCAAUAUUUGGUUUGCCUAAAAAACUAAGCGGAACAAACCUACCGACAUAUAAGGACGUAUUACUAAGUUGCUUUGAAGAAAGCUAUAAAAAUUCAAUCCUAUCGGGUUCAAAGAAAAAAGUAGCAUUUUCUACAAUAGCCGAUAAUGUUGCUACUCAAAUAGAAAUAAUAUACCGUAAAGCCUCCAUUCCAGUAGUAACUCAUACUCGGGCUGUGCAAAUGAUAAACGCCUACCAUAAUGCAUAUAAUAAUUUAAGAAAAUCAUAUAAGCGAGACCAGAAAAAAGAGGGCUUUAAAGACAAAAUAGAGCGAUUCGUGGCUGAAGCAAAAUCAAAGUUAUUUGAAAGCGUACAACUAGGAUUGCCGACUGUAUUUGAUUUGUCUUCAGUACCUUAUACAUCUCAAAUAAGGUUGAAUUUAACCUCUACGGCUUUAGUUAGUGAUAGAUUUGGUAUUUCUGACAGAGCUACUGCAGCUAUAGCAUCCAGUGUUUUGCAUGAUGUUGGAAUAAUUUCUGAAGAAGAUACAUCACAAAUAAUAGAUAAAAGCAAAAUACGAAGACAAAAGCAGAAGAUACGACAGGCUAUACGACAAGACGCGUCUAUAGUAACAAAGGGAUUAUACUUCGAUGGUAGAAAAGAUAAUACUAUCUAUCAACAAAAAAUAGGAGCGAAACUAUACCGAAGAGUUAAGAAAGAGGAACACAUUAGCCUGAUUCGUGAACCUGGAGGCCAAUAUGUCGGUCAUGUCACACCCUCCAGUGCAACCGGUAGUGAAUUAUCCAAAUAUAUCGUAAAGUACCUGCACGAUAAUGAUAUUGACAUUAAUGAACUGGAAGCGAUCGGUUGUGAUGUUGUUCAAACAACGAGAUAUUUGCCAGAUGGUAUUAAAAAAAUCAUCGAUCCUGUAAUUCAGAGAAAUGCCUUUUUCUGUCACCCAGAGAACAUGUUGUUGGCUAUGAUAGUCGAUGAGAGAGAGCACAUACGAGAGUUGGGUUACAGUAGAGUUCUAAGGGCAAAAACUGAAAUUCCGAAAGGAAAGUCUGUUAGAAACUUUGUAACUCCAUUAAUACAUUUUGAUGCCACGGACUACACUGAGUUAAUAGAUUGGACCAAAUGUAAGCUGUCGUCGCCUCCAAUAUUGGAAAGGCCUUUUGCGGUAAGUCAAAGAGUUGCGCAAAGUUUUUAA